AUUUCUGGCCAGUCGUGUAAAGUGGAAUUAAAAAUUGAAUUUAUUAUUCCCAGCGGAAAUGUAGCUGUUCUUCACUUCUUCUUCUUCAUCGUCACUCACUCCGUCCUUUCUCUCUCUUAUUUGGUUUUGAUUGUUAAGGACGGGGAAGAGAAGAUAGACUCCAAACUAUCGGGUUCCGUUUAAGUACGCUGGUCUUACAUUUUAGUAUCUCCACAUAUAUAUAUUUUCCAAUUAAGAUUUACGCAUUGAUUAUAAUCUCUAGAUCCCUAAUUGAUCUAGACAUAACAUAAUUUCUUAUUCAUGUUGGCCGCUUGGCAAUGGAAAAUAGGAAUCUUGUGAAUUCCAUCAAACUUAUGGUUUUGCGUCCGUUUGAAUCUAGACGCUCCAUCAAAAUAAUUGUCAUAGUUUUUGUGCUUGUGAUGCUAUGUUCUUAUUUGUUAUUUAAACCUGGUAAAGCUCAUUUAUCAUACUUUACUGUCGUUUGGGAUUGUGGAAGCACUGGAACCCGGGUAAAUGUGUACGAAUGGUUAGGAAAUAACACAAGGGAUAAUGGACAUCCAGUGUUGUUGAACUCGUUUCCUGAUCAUUCAACCAAUAAUUCUCUCCACAAAGAUGCUUGUUUAUACCACUGCAUGCAAACUGAACCUGGUUUGGAUAAGUUUGUUCACAACUUUACCGGACUACGCUCUGCAUUGGAACCACUACUUCAUUGGGCAGAACAACAAAUUCCCUCUGAAAGACAUCAAGAUACUUCUAUCUUUCUGUUAGCUACUGCUGGCCUGAGAAGAUUGCCGAGUCAUGAUGCAGCUUGGAUUUUGGAAAAUGCAGAGGCUAUUGUAAGGGAACUCCCGUUUAUGCGUAGGAAAACUUCUAUAAGGAUUCUAACUGGACAGGAAGAGGCUUAUUAUAGUUGGAUCGCUCUUAACUACAAAAUGGGGACACUGAACAGUUCUUCCAGUUUACCCACUUUAGGAGUUCUAGAUUUGGGGGGUUCGUCGUUGCAGGUUGUAAUGGAAAUCGAAGAACUGACGGAUGAUCAGAAUUCACUGCAGCUAAAAAUUGAUUCAGUUCAGCACCAAAUUUUAGCAUAUUCACUGCCCAGAUUUGGUCUCAACGAGGCAUUUGAAAGGACAAUUAUCAUGCUUAGUGAAGAGACUUCACUCACAGAGAGUAUUGAUGGCAGACUUCAACUCAGACAUCCGUGUCUGAGUUUGGGAUUUGUUCUGAACCAUACUUGCGAUGGCUGUCACCUACCAAACAUCUCUAGUUCAAACAAUGUAACUGGUCAAUUUCAGAGAAAUGCGUCCACCUUGUUUUCUCUGAUAGGGGAUCCAAACUGGAAGCAGUGUAAGAGAAUUGCUAAGGCUGCUGCAACCCAUUCAAACAAUUUUGAUUGGUCACGAUUAACUAAGGGUAAGAACUGCAAAGGACGAUCGUCAUCCUCUAACAGCACAAAUUCAAAUUUGAUAUCCGCCCCUCGUCCAGUUUCACGGUUUCAUGCUUUAUCUGGAUUUUUUGCCGUUUACAGUAUGUUAGAUUUGAAUCCAAGAGCUAAUUUGACAAAAAUUUGGAAGAAACGCGAGCAAAUAUGUUCUGGGUCGUGGAUUGACUCAAAGAAAAUUUCUGGAAACAGAAAGUAUGCUGAUCAAUUCUGUUUUCGAGUUCCAUAUUUGGCAUCUCUCCUUGAGGAUACAUUAUGUUUGGGGGACACAGAAAUUAACUUUGGCCCUGGAGAUGUUUCUUGGACGUUAGGAGCUGCACUGGUGGAAGGAGAGCACAAAUGGCUAAGUAAUAAAGAACCUCAGGCUGGUAGUUACAAUCUGAAGCUCUCCGAGGUCAUCCCUUAUCCCAUUUCUUUAUUUACUGUAUAUUUGUGUUUUAUUUUAAUUGUUUACCGGGAUUGGGUUAGGCAGACAUCAUUGUCGUUGGUGUCUGUGCCAGGAAAAAAGGGUGCUUCCACUGGGGCAUCAUUGCCAUCUUACUUUUGUCCAAAAAGGCAACUGAAUUAGUCAUUUUUACUGCUUCAGUUAGAAAACACAAAGUAACCUUACAUUUUUUCGUUUGCCGAUGUAUACUUGUAUUAGUGUCCAUCAUAUUCUUUUCCGCAUCUUUCCUAUUAGAGGAGAUAUGCCAUCAAUAAUUUACAUGGAAAGGGGUUGUAUUGGUCUAAAUUAUCAUAAUGAGAACAAUUUCUACUCUUGGCUUGA